AUUCGUAUUAACAAGUGCAUGAUACAUUCAUAAUUUACAAAAUCGUUUAAACACAAUCACAGUAUUUACCUAUAGGUUCAACUUAUUACCAUACAAAAAUUAUACAUGAUAUGUUUUUUACGAAUUAAAAAUUUAUACGAUUCACAGUAUGGCUCAUUCAAAGAGAAACAGCAGUUGGCUGACACCAUCAUUCGAUUCACCACCUAAAUCUGUUAAGAAAUCAUUGUCAACCAAACAUUCUCUCUCGCAAACAAUGGGAAGCAGUAUACCCAAUAUUUCAAGUACCUAUGACAUAGUUCCUAGGAAGAAAAGUAUAAGUAGUCUGUCCACUUUGCUAGAAGCUUGCGACCCACGAAAGCCUUCUGAAUUAGUGGUCAGUAAACAAAAACAGAAAGAUAUCUCAGGAUGGUUACAAUUUAAAGUUCAGAAGGGUCGACCUAGUGCAUUAAUUUUGUCUGGUCCAUCCGGCUGUGGGAAGACAGCAGCAAUGAGACUACUUGCCAAGGAGAACGGAUUUAAUGUUACAGAGUGGAUCACUCCAAUCGAUCAAGCCAUGGAUGAAAAUAACAGGGUGAUGCGUCAAGGAGAUAGAUUCGAGGACUUUUUAAUCAGAGUAACUCGUUAUAAUUCAAUUUUGGGUAACAACCCCAAACGUCUUCUUCUUGUAAAGGAUUUCCCAAAUGUUUACCUCGAAGAUAAAAGUAGCUUCUUUUCACUGUUGGAAAAAUACUUUGAAAUGGGAAAAGAACCUAUAGUGUUUGUAUGCUCAGAAUCGGGAAAUUCAAAAUUGCUGCAAACACUGUUUCCUGUUGAUGUAAGAGAAAAGUUUAAUAUAGACCUGAUCAACAUAAAUUCUGUUACACAAACUGCAAUGAAGAAUGCGUUAAAACGAAUAAGUGAUACUUUAAAUACAAUUGCUGGGCACAUGAUGCACGUUUCUCAAAAUAAAAUAGAUGAAAUAUUAUCCAACAGUGUAGGAGAUAUUAGAAAUGUUGUCUUAAAUCUUAUUUUCAUUUCACUGAAAGUGCCUGAGAAACAACUUGAAAAUAAAUGUACUUCUCGAGAAGAGAAUGUAGGGCUUCUACAUGGCGUUGGUCGAGUAAUAAAUCCAAAAAGAAUUCAAAGCGGAAAUUCGUGGAAAUUUGUUCACGAUCCUGAUGACAUAGCAGCUUAUUUUCAAUCGCAAGCGACAAUAUUUCUAAAGUUUAUUCAGGAGAAUUAUUUAAAUACUAUAGGAGGGAUAGAGGAAGCGAACGUCGCUGCAAACAUUUUAAGUUUAGCGGACGUUUUAAAUACCGAAUGGCGUGACUCGAAUCUGACUAAAGUCACAUUAUCUUUCGUCACUCGAGGUCUGAUGGUGGCGAAUGAAAAGCCAGUGUCCGGAUGGAAUCCCGUGAGAAAACCACAGAACGAUCGAAUUGACAUGCGAAGGUGUCUGGCAGUCGCUGAAGUUCGAUGGUACGAGUCUAUAAUUAAUUCAAAGCCAAAACAGGCGGAGGAAUUGCUCAAUGUUGAUAUAGAAUCAAUUAUUGAGUGACGUUCAUGGAAACUGAGGUUAUAAAGGAAGAAGAACGAAAAAGGCAUUUGAAAAACACUGAACCGACGAUAGAGCGA